UGGUAUGGUGUUCCUUUGCAAAACAUUCAUUUCUAUCGCAUUCGCAUCCGACUGAUCAUCAUGUUUAGAUGCGUUGUGCCGAAAAUACAACGUGCUGUGUUGAACAGCCGAGUUCGUUUCCAGUCCAAUAAUUCCGCUGAUAGAAACUCUCUUUUAAGUCAAAUUGACUUAUUGACUAAACAGGUAGAAGCGGCCGAAGCCAAUGCGGAACUAGCCAAAAUUGGCGCAAUACUAGCCAAAGUGAGAGAAAUAAUAACCGUAGCCGAUGCUAAAGCAGCCAAAGCCGAGUCAGAUUUUGUAUACGACCAGCUUUUCGGAAACAACGACCAAAUCGACGACGACGAGAGAGCUGCCGUAAAGAAAAUGCUACAAGAAGUGGAUGAAAAAUACUAUAAUUCCGGCACUCUACAGUCGUCCGAUACUUCCCCAGAUAGGAAAGAGUUUCUUUCCCCAGAUAGAAAAAAGUUUCUUGAAUUAUUGACUAAUCAACUAAAAGCGGCCAGAGCCUAUGCAGAACGAGCCAAAGCUGAUGCGAUACUUGCCCAAGCCGAUGCUAAAGUAGCCAGAGCCGAGACAGAGACUGUAUACAACCAGUUAUUCGGAAACAACGACGAAUUCGACGACGACGAGAGAGCUGCGAUAAAGAAAAAACUACAAGAUUUGGAGGAAAAUUACAUCCGUAACCAUAAUACUAAAGCGUAAAGUGUAUCUUACAAUAUAGAAUGUGUAUGGAUAGCUGGUAUUCAUUUCAUUAUGUGCACUAUUGUUGUUGUUGUUGUUUUUUCCUCCAAUAAACCAAUAUUAUAA